UCCGCCGCUCCCCCAGCGUCCGCAGCCACCAUGGUGUAUUAGAGGCAGCAGUGCCUGCGGCAGCAUUGGCCUUUGCAACAGCAGCAGGAGCAUCAGGCUCUGCAACGGCAACCCCCAGCAGCUUAAGCCAUGGCGCUUUUCAUGGCAUCCAGCAGCAGCAUUGUUGUAACCGACAAAGACACUUUUGAAUAGCUUACAUUCCUUGAUUCCGGCAAAGCUUCGAGACAUAGCUGAGAUGAGCUACUUGAGCAACAAGGUGUUGAUAGGGGACUUGAUGUCCCCCUUCGACCAGUUGGGUUUGGGGGCUGAGGAGAGCAUGGGUCUUUUAGAUGUCUACCUGGAGAUGGCCAAGCACUUCAAACCUCAUGGGUUCUCUGAUAACAGAGUGAAGGCGGGCACCUCCGAAUGGCUGGCUGUGGAUGGGUUGGUUAAUGCCUCAGACAUCUGCAAGGAGGAUGCCUUCUCUGGGACAGAUUGGAUGGUGGAGAAAAUGGACCUGAAGGAGCUUGACUUUGAUGAUCUGUUGGGUAUAGAUGGCCUGGAAACCAUGCCAGAUGAGCUUUUAGCUUCGCUGGAUGACACGUGUGAUCUCUUUGACCCCCUAGUCCAGGAGAGUAAUAAGGAGCUCCCCCAGAUAGUGAACCCAAUUGGCCAUCUUCCAGAAGGUUUACCAAAAAUAGACCAGGUUGCCCUUUUGACCCUUCUGCAACCUCCCCCCACCACCACCCCAGGGGCCCUGACCUCCACUCCAGAUCAUUCCUUUAGUUUAGAGCUAGGUAGUGAGGUGGAUAUCUCUGAAAGAGAUAGGAAACCAGACUCUGCUGCAUCUAUUAGUGAGAUUCCUCUUUGCAUAAAGGAGGAGGAUGCCACGUCAGAUAACGACAGUGAUUGUAUGAGCUCUGACUCCUACUUGGGCUCUCCACAGCAUAGCCUCCCAACCCCAAGGGGCUCUCCAAACAGGAACCUUUUUUCUCAAGGCUCCCUUUUUGGUUCUGCCCACCCCAAACCCUAUGAUCCCCCUGGAGAGAAAAUGGUAACAGCAAAAGUUAAGGGUGAGAAACUGGAUAAGAAGCUUGGGAAUUGUGUGGAGUUGUACCCCUCCUACCUUAUGCUUUUGUUCACUAAUCCUUUCUUAAAUAAAAAAUUAAAAAAAAAAAAAAAAAAGGAGCAGAAUAAGACAGCAGCCACUCAGUACUGCCAGAAAAGGGCAGAUCAAGAAGCCCUGACAGGUGAGUGUAAAGAACUAGAAAAGAAGAAAAAGGCUCUGAAAGAGCGGGCAGACUCUCUGGCUAAGGAAAUCCAGUAUCUGAAAGUUUUGAUAGAAGAGGUCCGGAAGGCAAGGGGGAAGAAAAAGGCCCCCUAGAAUUUGGGUGGUGAGGACUGUGCUUAUACUUAGGCUUGCGCUGAAGCUGUGCUAUAAUAAAUUAUUUUGUAGUGAACUGGCAAAAGAAAAAAAAAGUGCCCUUUCUGAUCAUGAGUAAGCUUAGAUAUCAGUCACAAAAAAAAAAAAAAAACACUCCAAAUGGAAUAAAUUCAGUAAAAUAGCAGGACACUAAAUCAAUACACGUAAAUCUGUGACAUUUCUAUAUACAAAACAGGAGUCAGAGGAAAGGGAAAUAAAAUAAUCAGUCUUAUUUAUAAUUGAAUCUAAAGAGAUAAAACACCUUGGGGUGAAUCUUAGGAAGG